AUGCGUCGACGUGCGUCACAAACGUAUAUCACCAAUGAUGUUGCAAAAGAUUUGCAAUUACGCCCAUCACCUUCUCGAAAUCUUGAUAUGUACACCUUUGGUAGUGAGACACCCAUCACGAUAAAGGCUACAGAACAUCUGGUAGGACUAUGUUGCAAGGACAACACCAAACCGACUCUCCGUGUCCAAGCAAUUCCGCUGCUCACCAAGCAGAUGAAAUGGACUAUCGCUACAAACCUAACAUCUACGACUACCUUGAGCACAAAAUCAUCGAAGCCAGGAAUUCUCAUCGGUAUGGAUUACUUUUGGGACUUGAUUUUCAGUAAUGAUUUCUACAUAACUACAAUAGAAAAUGGAUUACGCAUUUUGCAUACCCGAAUUGGAGAUAUCAUAGCAGACAACGCUUUUCGCUAUGAUCGCAAAAUUUAUCUAUCCUUGUGCCGCCACACCUACACAACCACGGCAAAUCCAACACGCCACUCGGAACUUUUGAAACUAGUCGAGAAAUUCUGGAAUAACGAAUCUAUCGGGAUCAUGGAUGAUCCCAAUGAAUCUGAAGAUGACAAAUGCCUUCAAGACUUUUACGAUUCCGUUAUCUACAAAAAAGAUGAGCGACGAUACUCCGUGAAAUUACCCUUCAAGGUUUCACCAUCCGAACUGCCUUCUAACAAAGACAUAGCCUUUUCAAGAUUCCUCUCAAAUGUAAGGAUGUUACAGAAGAACCCAGAAUAUCUGAAAAAAUAUCACGCCAUCUUCACAGAACAACUACAAAGAAAAAUCAUAGAAGAAGUGGACGAAAAAGCACAUUCAGGACAAUGUCAUUACCUCGCACAUCAUGGCGUAAUCACAGAAUCGAAGAAACACACAAAGAUCCGAUGCGUCUUUGAUGGUUCCGCGAAGAAAAAAGGAUUUGCGAGUCUCAAUGAAGUCUUGUACAAAGGGCCCAACCUUCUUCCUGAUCUUCUGGGCAUCCUUCUUCGCGCAAGAACAACGCCCAUUCUCAUAACAAGUGACAUAGAAAAAGCAUUUCUCAUGGUAGAACUCCAAAACGAAAGUCGAGACUUCACUAGAUUCUUUUGGUUAAAGGAUCCAGCACAAGGAACUACCAAAACAAACGUCUCCAUCUACAGAUUCAGAAGAGUACCCUUCGGACUAAUUUCUUCACCAUUUCUUCUUGCAGCAACCAUUCACUAUCACCUAACAACUACGAACACACCACUGUCGACCAACAUUCUGCGCAAUACUUAUGUAGACAAUGUAUUCUACGGAGCGUCUUCUUUCGAAGACGGUAAGAAUUUCUACAUAAGCUCGAAAAAAGUUUUCGACGACGCAGGCAUGAACCUCAGAGACUACUCAAGCAACAGCCGAGAACUAAAUAGCUACAUCAACGAAAAAGAAGGGAACAAAGUCGAUGAGUAUGUAAAGAUUCUUGGCAUUGGAUGGAAUAUCAUCACUGAUGAACUAGACAUCAAACUUCCAAUUUACAUAGCAGACGACUCAAUCUGGACAAAAAGAAAGGUUCUUCAGAAGGUUGCAAGUAUCUACGACCCAUUUGGAUGGAUCUCACCAACCACUUUAAUAGGAAAAAUCUUCUUGCAAAAACUCUGGAUGAACAAUCUUUCCUGGGACCAAGCUUUACCCGACCACCUCAAUGAAGAAUGGAUAACAAUCAUCAGCUCUUGGAGAAUUCCAAUUGUCAAACGUCCACGUCACUUGCUUUCCGAAAAAACUGCAGAUACGAGAUACGAAAUCCAUGUUUUCACAGACGCUUCACAGGACGCCUACGCAGCAGUUUCAUAUCUAGUAGAGACGCAAGGAUGCCACCGGAAUGGUAGCUCAUUACUAGUAGCUAAAUCUCGAUUGUCAUCCAAGAAACCAAAAACAACCAUACCGAAAUUGGAAUUGAUGGCACUCACAAUAGGAGCAAAACUUAUUCAAUAUCUCCGUAACCAACUCGACCUACCUAUCGAUAAAGAAUUCAUCUGGUGCGACAGUAGAGUAGCACUUGACUGGACAAGAACCCACAAAGAGCUUCCUGCAUUUGUGCGCAACAGAGUCCGUACAAUAAAAGCUGCUGCUCCUAACGCAACAUUUCUCCAUGUACCUGGCUUGGCUAAUCCCGCUGACGUUGCCAGCCGUGGCUGCACCAUCAACAGCCUUUUAGAGAACCAAGUAUGGUGGACUGGACCGCAAUUUCUACUACAAGAAGAAUCUUCU